AUGACCUUGAAUGUGUCACAAGUCAACCACAACAGUUUCAUUCUAACAGGUAUCCCAGGUAUGCCAGACAAGAAUCCAUGGAUGGCCUUUCCCCUGGGAUUUCUCUAUACACUAACACUUCUGGGAAAUGGUACCAUCCUAGCUGUCAUCAAGGUGGAUCAGAGUCUCCAUGAGCCCAUGUACUACUUCCUCUCUAUUUUGGCUCUGACUGAUGUUAGUCUCUCCAUGUCCACCUUGCCAUCUAUGCUUAGCAUCUUCUGGUUUAAUGUCCCUGAGAUUUCCUUUGAUGCAUGCAUCACCCAGAUGUUCUUCAUUCAUGGAUUUGGAGUAGUUGAAUCAGGAGUCCUAGUAUCCAUGGCCUUUGACAGGUUUGUAGCCAUCCGAGACCCACUACGCUAUGCUUCUAUCCUCACCUAUGGCAUUAUUGGAAAGAUUGGAAUAGCUGUUCUCAUCCGAGCAAUCUGUGUGGUCUUCCCUGUACCCUUCCUUAUAAAGCGGCUGCCUUUCUGCCAUUCCAAUGUCCUGUCCCAUUCAUACUGUCUUCACCAAGAUGCAAUGAGAUUAGCCUGUGCCAGCACCCGAGUCAACAGCCUCUAUGGCCUCUUCAUUGUCAUCUUCACACUGGGGCUUGAUGCCCUCAUCAUUCUCUUUUCUUAUAUACUUAUCCUGAAGACUGUGCUGAGCAUUGCCUCCAGAGCUGAAAGGCUCAAAGCCCUCAAUACCUGCCUCUCUCAUAUCUGUGCUGUGCUGCUUUUCUAUGUUCCUCUUAUUGGUGUCACCAUGGUUCACAGAUUUGGGAAGCAUUUAUCACCAGUAGUUCACACACUCAUGGCCAAUAUCUACCUACUGUUGCCCCCCGUGUUAAACCCUAUUGUCUAUAGUGUGAAAACCAAGCAGAUACGAAGACGGAUCAUUCAAGUAUUUCAGAGAAAGAAUAAGGCAUAG